CAGAUCUUUGUUACUUCCAAUGCUAAUGCAGACUACAGUGCUUGACUACUUUAUGCUUGAGUAAACACAUAUACUGGAUUCAUCUGUAGGUUAAAAGGACGGUGGUUGGUAAAGGGAACACACCCUUCUAUAUGGAACAGCUCAGCUCAUACUUUUGAGGCUGACACACUGAUCAAGUACUGAAGAAUUCAACAUGCAGUACGAGGACAUUUUGAAUCAUAUCGGGCCUUUUGGCAAGUACCAGAAACUGCUGGUGUGUGCCUUGUUUUUGGUUAUUAUUCCACCUCCCUUUCACUUCAUAGGGCAGGUGUUCCUGGCUGCUAACACCGAUCACUGGUGUGCAGUACCAGCCAGCCAGGUGAUCAACUGCAGCCAACUCCAGCUGGCUGAGUGUCAGGAAGAGCAGAAGAGCUACAGUAUUCCCUAUGAGAUUGAUGAUGAUGGAAACAAAGUCUACUCCUCGUGUGAGCGGUAUGUCAUGAAUGAUGAAGACGUUGGUAGAAACAUGAGUUUUAAUUCAACGGACGUCAUCUCCUGCGAUGCUGGCUGGGAAUUUGAUCACUCACGCUACAAGUCUACCAUCAAUGAAGAUUUCAGCUUGGUCUGUGACAGAAAGGAUCUACCUGCCUAUGCCCAGUCAGUUUGGUUUGCAGGAUUGCUGGUUGGUUCUUUGGUAUGGGGUUCUGUGGGCGACUGGAUUGGUAGGAGAAAGACCUUUAUUUUAAAUGUCAUUCUUGUCACAAUUUCAUCGACUGUUACAUCUUUUGUGCCCAACUUUACUGCCUACGCUGCCAUGCGCUUCUUUACAGCAGCCUGUGCUUAUGGUGGAAGUCUCAUGUUAUAUGUCUUAGCUUCUGAAAUAGUUGGUCCUAAAAAUCGUGUAGGUACAACAACUGUGCUAUUUCUAGUCUUUGCUGUAGGUUACAUGAUUCUGUCCCUUCUGGCAUUCCUUCUGAGAGAAUGGCGCCACCUACAGUUAGCUAUAUCACUCCCCUUCGUCCUGACUUUUCUUGUGAUCAUUGUGUUCCCUGAAUCUCCUCGCUGGCUGAUAACAAAAGGCAGAUACAAAGAAGCUACCAAAAUCAUUGAAAAGAUAGCUCAAGUGAAUGGUACCGAGGCUCCAGAAGACUUACUGAACAAACUGAGUGAAGACAGCAAAGAAGACAAGAAGCAGCCUUCUCGCAUCCCUGUCACCCAACUUGAUCUGAUCCGUACUCCCAACCUACGCAAGAAAACUCUCAUCCUUUGGGUUGACUGGUUUGUUGUCAACAUGGUGUAUUAUGGACUAUCUCUGAGUACCUCUGCCUUGGGGGUAGAUGAUUACCUUGCUGCCUUUGUCUCUGGAGCCAUAGAGAUACCUAGCUAUCUUUUCUGUUGGUACGUGAUGAACCGUUUUGGCAGACGCAUUACCCUAGUUGCCUUCUACAUUUUUGGUGGAGUGUUUUGCCUCAUAACAAUCUUCAUUCCUCUUGGAGCUGCCAGAGCUGCAGUUGCCAUGUUCGGCAAAUUUGCAAUCACUGCAGCAUUCGGUCACAUCUACAUCUACUCUCUUGAAAUCUAUCCAACCAGCAUCCGGAGUAUCGGCAUUGGUACAUCUUCCAUGAUGGCUCGUGUUAGUGGCAUCCUCUGUCCUAUCAUCUUGAACCUGGGCAAGUACUGGAAACCACUACCUCUCUGUGUCUUUGGAGGAAGUGCCAUCAUUGCUGGAGUCUUGUCUCUGAUGCUUCCAGAGACCAUGGGAUACAGUCUGCCAGAUACCAUUCAGGAUGGAGAGAACUUCGGCAAGGGAAGAAGCUUCCAGCUUUGCAUCAAGGGCAAUGAUGAUGGAGAGAAUGAGAGUCCCACUCAAGCUCCUAUCAACUACCUGCCACUAUCCACAAAGGAUCAAACUCCCAAGCAACCUGUGGAUGUCUGAAUACAGGUGCGGAUCCAGGAUUUCUUUAGACAGGGGGCACACCUUUGGAGCAACUAAUGUGAGCGCGGGGCGCGAAGCCCUUACGGCACUGGGUCUGGGGCCCGCUUAAGAACCCCGAAAAAUUUUGGAUUCUAGAUGAUCUGUGCUGCAAUCUGAGGUGAUUCCUGGCCCCUUUCCCCUGAAUUAUUUGAGCAAAAUUUUAUUAGAUCAUAAGGAUUGUUUUAAAUAUACUCUUGCUUUACAAAUUGUAAGUUACUGGUGUACGUACUUCAAAGUUGAAAACCAUGUAUUUUCGUCUUCAUAUUUUCUUGCAUUUUAUUUUUGGUAAAGGAAUUGUAUUGACUUAGUUUGUAAACUGUUGCAGCGAUGCGUUGGGGCAUUUGCUCUGAGGACUAUAUGCGAGCGCAUAUCACAAAUGUCUUACGGUGUGGGGUCCAGGCCCACUGAAGGGCCCCAGAAUAUUUGGAUUCUAGAUGCUCUGUGGUGCAAUCUCAGGCGAUUCCUGGCCCCUUUUCCCUUAGCCCCAAGUUAUUUGAGCAAAAUUUUUAAGAUUAUAACGAAAUUUUAAUUGGUUUAAAAUAUACUCUUGCUUUUGUAUGUCUUUUAAGUUUCAUCGGUUCUUCACUUGAUAACCAUGUAUUUUCGUCUGCAUAAUUAUGUUCUUGCAUUUCAUUUUUGAAAGUGAAUUAUAUAGAGUUAGUUUGUCAACUGUUGCAACAAUGCGAAGGGACAUCUGCCUCGAGGACUAAAGCGGAGCGCGAAUGUCAUACGUUGUGUGGUCCGGGGCCUGCUUAAGGGCCCCAGGAAACUUUGGAUUCUAAAUGCUCUGUGGUGAAA